GGGCUGUGGGCCGCGCUGUACGACUACGAGGCGCGCGGCGAAGACGAGCUGAGCCUGCGGCGCGGCCAGCUGGUGGAGGUGCUGUCGCAGGACGCCGCGGUGUCGGGCGACGAGGGCUGGUGGGCCGGCCAGGUGCGGCGGCGCCUGGGCAUCUUCCCCGCCAGCUACGUGGCGCCGUGCGGCCCCGCGGCCCCGGCCGCGCCCCAAGUCCCUCCGCCGCGGCCCGGCUCGCCCGUACACGUCGACUUCGAGCGGCUGGAACUCAAGGAGCUGAUCGGCGCGGGCGGCUUCGGGCAGGUGUUCCGCGCCACUUGGCAGGGCCAGGAGGUGGCGGUGAAGGCGGCGCGCCGCGAUCUCGAGCAGGACGCGGCGGCGGCAGCCGAGAGUGUGCGGCGCGAGGCGCGGCUCUUCGCCAUGCUGCGGCACCCCAACAUCAUCGAGCUGCGCGGCGUGUGCCUGCGGCAGCCGCACCUCUGCCUGGUGCUGGAGUUUGCGCGCGGUGGGGCGCUCAACCGCGCGCUGGCCGCCACCGACCCACGCGCACCUGGCCCGCGCCGCGCGCGCCGCAUCCCUCCGCACGUGCUGGUCAACUGGGCAGUGCAGAUCGCGCGUGGCAUGCUCUACCUGCACGAGGAGGCGGUGGUGCCCAUCCUACACCGGGACCUCAAGUCCAGCAACAUUUUAUUGCUGGAGAAGAUAGAACAUGAUGAUUUCUACAACAAAACACUGAAGAUUACAGACUUUGGGCUGGCAAGAGAGUGGCACAGGACCACCAAGAUGAGUGCAGCGGGCACCUAUGCCUGGAUGGCCCCAGAGGUCAUCAGGUCGUCCCUGUUUUCCAAGGGGAGCGACAUCUGGAGCUAUGGUGUUCUGCUGUGGGAGCUGCUCACGGGAGAGGUCCCCUACCGUGGCAUCGAUGGUCUGGCUGUGGCCUAUGGCGUGGCAGUCAACAAGCUCACUCUGCCCAUCCCAUCUACCUGCCCCGAGCCAUUCGCCAAGCUCAUGAAAGAGUGCUGGGAACAGGACCCACAUAUUCGCCCGUCAUUUGCCUCAAUCCUGCAACAGCUGUCUGAUAUUGAGGUGGCUGUGAUGACCGAAAUGCCCCAAGAGUCUUUCCAUUCCAUGCAAGAUGACUGGAAGCUGGAAAUCCAACAAAUGUUUGAUGAGCUGAGAACAAAGGAAAAGGAGCUGCGGUCCCGGGAAGAGGAGCUGAGCCGCGCCGCCCUCCAGCAGAAGUCCCAGGAGGAGCUGCUCCGGCGCCGGGAGCAGCAGCUGGCGGAGCGCGAGAUCGACGUCCUGGAGCGCGAGCUCAACAUCCUCAUCUUCCAGCUCAACCAGGAGGGACCGCACGUGAGGAAGAGGAAGGGCAAGUUCCGGAGGAGCCGGCUGAAGCUCAAAGACGGGCAUCGGAUCAGUUUGCCUUCAGACUUCCAGCACAAGAUCACCGUGCAGGCCUCCCCCAGUGUGGACCGGCGCAGGAGCUGGGACAGCAGGAGCUCUAGCCCGCCCAGCAGCCCCACCAUGCUCCCUCGCCUCCGGGCCAUUCAGUUGACAUCUGAUGAAAACAAUAAAACCUGGGGAAGGAACAUGGCCUUUCGACAGGAAGAAUUUGAAGAUGUAAAAAGGAAUUUCAAGAAAAAAGGUUGUACGUGGGGGCCAAGCUCGAUCCCAAUGAAAGAAAGAACCGAUGGCAGAGAGAGGUACGGGGUGAGGCCGCUCUCUGAUGGCAACAGCCCUUGGUCAUCUGUCCUAAUAAAAAGCCAGAAAACCACGCCCCUAGCUUCUCUCUUUGUGGACCAGCCAGGACCCAGUGAAGAGCCAGAACACCCGGCUGAUGGAGAACACAGAAAACCAAAGCAAAUGAAGUUGCCUGGUCAGGCCUACACUGAUCUACCUCUCUGCAAAGAUGAUCAGAGGCAGAACCUGGGGGAGGCUGACGACCAGCAGGAGGGGCCCACACCGAGCUCUGCUGUGGGGCCUCCUCGGGGGCUGCCUGCAACCAGCCCCAGUGGACCCCACAGGAAGAAAACGGAGUCAGCGCUCUAUGGGUGUGCGGUGCUGCUGGCGUCGGUGGCAUUGGGACUUGACAUCAGGGGACUUGGCAGAGCAGAGGCUGUGGAAGAGCUGCCACCCAAGGGGGACACAAAGAUUCAAGAUGGGGUCCCCCAGCAGGCCUCCCAGCCAUCCCCUGUGCUGCCGUCUAUAGACAGGGACCCCAGCAGCCCCACAAGCCUUCUCUCUAGGAGGUGCUUGCCACAAACAAAUGGGGACCAGGCACCCAUGGGCAGCACCCAGAUUCCUCGUGACCCUGAGAUGCCCACCCUGAACUUCUGUGCGACUUGUCCAGAAAGCACCCGAGAGCUGGCCCUGGAGCCAAGACUUGGGACUGAUGGCGGAGUGUGGGAAAGCCCAUCUCCCGCCCACCUGGGGCAGACGCCUGAUGGGAAUGUGCCUUCUGAUGCUUUCCCCAAAGAUCGAGCCUCUCAUCGCAGACAGUCCUCAUCAGUGGGAAACCCUCCUCUGACCGCACGUGUCCCUGGAGCCUCUGCACUGCCACCUCCUGCCUCACCUGGCCUUCAUGGUGACCUGCCGAGCCAGGUCUCUGCUGAACUGAAUGGGGCUGUCACAGUCCUGCUGCAGCCUGGCCUGAUAUCCCUGAGAAGUCCGUCAGAUGUGCCAAGGGCCGUCCCACGCAGGGCACAGUCCCAGCCUGCCCGGGCUGCCUGUGAUGGGGCCCACACAGGGCCAGCCUCUGCCUGUGUCCUGGGUGCCCAGGUGCCUUCCUCACCAGGUGCUCAUGUGGAUGGGCAAAGCAAAGACUGUACUGGGCCUCUGUGCAGGAUGAGGAGCCCGGCUCACCAGCCGUCCAGCUAUGCCCUGGAGAAAGAGUUUCCAACUUAAGUCCCUUUGCUGUUGAGGCAGUGCUGUUCCAGGUGAACAAAUACACAUAGCAUUAGUGCCUUCAAGGUGUGUUCUCUUGCUGAGUGUUGAAAAGUUGCCGCUCAGUGACUCCAUUAGGACUAGACUCCAACUCUGGAGGGGCUGGUGACUGCUGUUAGCUGCCAUAUCCUGUCCCUUGGCUCCUAUCCAGUAAUUCGAAAUGCUCAGAAAGGGGCCAGGGAGAUAGCUCAGCGGCAUAAACACCUGCCUGGCAAGUGCAAGGUCCUGGGUUUGAUUCUCAGUACCAAAAAACUCCACCAAAACUGAAAUACAUAGAAGUGUAAACCAAAAACAGUGCCACAGGAGGAUCACUACGAGUUGAAGCUGCGUCAUGAGACCCUGUAUCAAAUACAAAAAAAAUAAAAUAAAAUAAAAGAACUGUGCCACAGGUAAAACUAUGCUGGGUGAAAGCCCCUGGAGCAAUAUUUUUGAUCUUUAACUUUUAUUGCUACAUGUUUGUAGUACAUAAUGAUUAUAUUCACCAUAGCGGGUUGGUGCAUGUACGUAACACAUUUCAGUGCCCUUUUAAGCAUUGUCGUAAGGCCUGGUUAGUUUUCAUACCUUCUCCCCACCCCCACACCCCAUGAGCACACAGUGAAAUUUUGAAGACUGUCUUGUCUUGCUUGCCUAGCUCCUUCUCUUUUUCCUUCAACUUGUCUCUUCUUUUUAAUUUAUGCAACAGAAAGUCAAGAAACUGCUAUUGGUUUCUUGUCCAUGAUAAUGUGAUGUAAGAAAAGAUACCUUAUAUUUAUUUUUAAAAGCUGUUGAUUAGAAUAGAUACAGAGUCCUAUUUAAUCUAAAACUCCUCCACCAUAGACUUCUGAUGCAUUAAUAUGUCCAGCGCUCACCUCGCUUGUACAACAUAAUUUCACUUUGAGAAAGUCUACUGAAGGUAACUGAUGAAAGUUUUGCUGAUUGUAACUGCUAAAUAUUUUGUCCAUUAUAACUCUAAAAUGGAUGCUAGAGAUCAGCAGUCGACAGCAGCCAAGACUGCAGCGUCCCCACAGUGAGCCUCAGGACACCGGUGUUCCUGCAGAAAAGCUUCUGCUGACUUGGCGUGGAUAUGCAAACGCCUUCAUGUGCUGUAUCUUACGCAUCUCGUGUAUAACAACAUGUGCCUGUGUCCACAUAUACCUUAGAUUAUAAGCGUUCACGUCACGUCAUCUUACUCUUCUUUUUAUUUGUGUACAUAGUUAUUCUGAUACAAAGACUAACACUGCCAACUCAAGGAAUUACAAUUGUUAGAAUUUAAAUUCUAUAUGUUAUUAGUUUACAUUUCAUUUGUUAAGGUAGGCAUCUAUUGCAAUAAGCAGUUAUGUUGGAAAUAAUCUGUUUUUUCUAAUCUAUUAGAAAAAAAAUCUAAUAUUUUUUUUCCAAAUUAUUUCCAGAAAGUUUGUAAAAUGUGUCUUAGAAUACCAAUGGGAAUUUUAAAUGAGUUCAAGGUAGUUAUGGGUCACUUUUAUAAUCAUACAGAUAGACUGCUGUAUCAUUGGGACAGGAAAUGUUCUGCCAGAGCAUGGGGACUGUGCCUGGGGUUCUUAUCUGCUCUUUUUCCUGUCUGUCACUACGUUAUGGUUAUUCCAAAUGCAAACCAUAAAUAUUUAAAAUGUUCCAUGCAGUGAAGAGCUAAAUGACAGUUUUUGCUAUUUCACUUAAAAUUAUAACUUGGUUAGGGUUUGCACACCUGCAGAAAUGUAAGGUGAUUUAAAUCAAAUGUCAGCAUAUUUUAGUCACCACAUCAAAGUGUCCUUGGGCCUGUAGGGACUACACUCAGCACAGAAGCCACGAGGAAACAACCCUGCAUUUCAGAUUCUUGCAGCAAAGACUUGAAUACUUAUCUUGUUUUGUGGCAUUAUUGUUUGUUCUAUAAUUUGGCUUCAUUUUGAGUUGUUAUUAAAUUAUAUAAUAAUAAUUUUGUCUCCCCCAAACUUCAUCAUAUAGACAUCUGUUUGGUUGCUUUUUACAAAGUCAUUUGGAGGAGCUUCCAGCUAAAAAUAAAAUAGAUUCAUGCCCCCAAAUAAUCAUGUACAAGAGAAAGGUGUGAAAUCUAUCCUUAGGUCUGUUCCUGCUAAGAAAUCGUGUGUAUGUGUGUAUGUGUGUAUGGUGGGUGUGAGUAGUGUCAGGUUGUGUAUGUGUAUGUAUGUUAAGAAUAGGGCUACGAUGGGUGUGCACGUGAAGUUUGGAUGUGUGAGACACAUAAGUGUAGGUGGACAUGAUGCCUGUCUCUCCUGUCCCUCCGCUCAGUCCCACCUCUAGGUCAUGAUGAUGAUGAGGUUAGAAAUGAAGCUUUGUUACUUAGCUAAUUGCUACAUGAAGAUUCACUCCCACAUGGCAGUGCAGAUAGUCAUUGAUUGCUGUGAUACUUGGACACUUGUGAUUUUUUAUGUGUGUUAGCCCACUUGGUAGAGUCUGUUUUUUUAUUUUCAUAGAGACUUAAUAGAUCACCAAAAGCUCAGUGAAGCUGAUUGCUGUUCUUAAACAGUUAAGGUGCUUCCCUGCAGAGACUGGAGGUAUGGGCCUCAUGUGCUGUAUUAUGAAGUCUGUGAGAAAGAUGUUUACAUACGUUAUCUAUUUUUUUAAUAAACUUUUUAUAGCUGG